AGACAGAAGGCGUUUGUUGGAGGCGGGCACGCGGACUGGCAGGCGGGCGUAGCUUUUCCUGUAAAUCUUAACCAGGUGCUUCUUUUUCGCUCUUUUGGCCGGUGGUGGCGUCACACGGAAAAGUAACUUCCCAACGAGAGCACAAUGCGAGACUGACUGACUGAGAGCGAGCGAGCGAUCUUCUUUCCCGGGGUUAAGCGUGCGAUAACAAGCCGGAGCUGAGCUGGAGCGCGAUUAUAAACCUCCAGAACCUGUCGGACGCGAAAAGUGGAUUUUCACUUCCUUCCAGGGAAUUUUCUCUUGUCAUUGUCCAUUUUUGUCGGAACAGCUUUCGUCGGGGUCUCGAUGGCAGGACACGAAUGGGACGACUGGUUUGAACGGGAGGAAUUUAUCGGGCAGAUCAGCGACAUCCGAGUUCACAAUCUACAAGUGGAAAGAGAAAUUGUACAGAAGAGAACUUUUACAAGGUGGAUGAACUUAUAUCUGGAACGAUGCAAUCCACCUCUGUCUGUGACGGAUUUAUUUCUUGACAUCCAAGAUGGAAAGAUCUUAAUGGCUUUAGUAGAAGAGCUUUCAGGCUGUAAACUGCUUCAUGAGUACAAGCACUCGCUGCACCGGAUCUUUCGGCUCAACAAUAUAGCAAAAGUCCUAAAUUUCUUGGAGAAAAGAAAUGUGAAGCUGGUUAGUAUUGAUGCUGCUGAUAUUGCCGAUGGAAAUCCUUCCAUUGUGCUUGGACUAGUAUGGAACAUAAUUCUUUUCUUUCAGAUCAAAGAACUCACAGGCAAUAUCAAGAAUAAAUUUUCCUCCUCCUCCUCCAGCCUCUCAUCUUUACAAAACAGCACUGAUUCAGAAUCAUCUUACCCCAGCACUCCCACCGAAGAAAAACGGUUGUCUGUGUCAAUAAAGGAUCAAAGAAAAGCCAUUAAGACUCUUCUGCAGUGGGUUCAGAAACGAACAAGAAAAUAUGGAGUAGCUGUUCAAGAUUUUGGUAAGAGCUGGAAGAGUGGUUUAGCAUUUCUAGCUAUCAUUAAAGCUAUAGACUCCAGCCUAGUAGACGUGAAGGAAGCACUUUGUAAACCACCAAGGGAAAACCUAGAAGAUGCUUUCAGAAUUGCCAAGGAUAGCCUGGGUAUUCCUCGACUUCUAGAGCCAGAAGAUGUAAUGAUCAAUACACCAGAUGAACAGUCCAUUAUGACAUAUGUGUCCCAGUUUCUUGAACAUUUUCCAGAGCUUGAAGAUGAUGAAGUAUCUGAAGUUCUGCAGAAGUCUCUCUCUCUUGUUAAUCCUGAAUCUGUUGUAGAUGAAGAAAGGAUGAAUGGACUCAGUCAAAAUCCUGAGCGUCCCUAUGUUGUUCGAAAUGACUGGAUCCCUCCUCCACCCAAGAUUUUAAUAUCAUCUAUGUCAGAUGACAUCAAACAGGCCUCCUUUCCUACAUGUCAGACUCCAGAUGAGGAACAUUUUAAUUUCUGGCCAAGUGAAGAAGACACAUCAGGCAAUAUUCCCAUUGCGACUGAAUUAAGAAAUCGCUCUGAUUUGUUCCUAGAACUUGAAAAACAGGCUCCUGUCCCUGUGUGUGGUGCAUUCUCAAGCGAAACUUCUCCUAUAUGUUCUGCAGAAAAUUCGUCUGACAUCGAUGUUGAGUGGAAUGGCAUAGAUCAGCAACAAUAUGGAGACGGUGAAUGCAGCAGUAAUGUUAGUCCAUUAAAUGAACUGCAUAUGCCAUAUGUUGAGAUAGAACAAUGUAGGACUGAUGACCAAGUAACAAACAGCACAAGUACAAAGGAACCUGACAACUCAGUUGAUUUUGUUACAUACAAAAGUCAUUUUAAGGACUCUCAUGAUUAUGAAGAAACAUAUGAAAUGUCCAAUAUAAUGAGGAACAAACUGCCUUCUGAAGAAGAUGAGGCAUACAAAUAUAUUUUGGAGCUGAGCACAGAGAAAGCACUGCAGAAUGGAUCACCAGAGUUUUGUGAUGAACAGGACCAUCCAUGUAUAAAAGAUCAGACAAUCCAUCCCACCAAGGACAUUUUGAUUUCAGAACAAUCAGCUGAAGAUAAAAUCAUUGUUAGACAAACUGCUUCUGAUAUAUCCACAUUCUCUGAGGAAUCUUGCACAUUUAUGCUAAAACCUCUACAAAGUGUUGAAAGUACUGGUGCGAUUGCUAAAGAAACCCACAAUGAUAAAGAACCUAUGACCACACCUUCAGGACAAGCUUCAUUGAAUAAUAUUAAUCAAGAUGAAAUUGAAGGCAAAACCAGGAGCUCCUCGGUGUCUGUCAUACCAUUAGACUUAGUCUACUACCCACAUUAUGAUGUUGCAAUCUCCGAUGUCAUAAAAGCUUUUUCAGAGCCAACUAUUGACUUGAACCUUCCCAAAGAUAAAAACCACAAUCUUGCAGGUGACCUAGCAUCAGAUAUUUCGGCUAACCAGAAUUCCAAAGAAGACGUACAAAUGAUGGUUCACUUUAAUAGGGUUUCAUCUCAAGAUGUGUCUCCAGGAGAGGAACAUAAUGAAACUGUGGAAUGUGAACAAUACACUGAAGAGACUGCUGGUGCUGAGCAAAUCUCUUCUGAUUUGAACUCUACAUCAGCUCAAGCUUUAGUGGAAGUGGAUCCAGGAGCCUCAAUAGUCAAGUCAUCUAGUGACGAAUUUGAACUUUUGGAAAGUAAUAGGCAUGUAGAUAAUGAAACACUUGAAGAAAUUACUUACCAAAGCAUAAGCCUGCAUGACCAAGCAAACAUAAAAGAAGAUUUUCAGGUUUCUGAGAAGGAAUAUUGGGGCACGCAACUGUCUAUCAGUAAGUCAAAUUGUGCAGUGGACACAAUGGAAGAAGAGCUGCGUAUAAAAAAUGAGGAAAUGGAUUUGGAGUAUACAGAGAAUGGAAGCACUUCUCUUGUGGAACACGAUGACAGUGAGGAACAUCCAAAGGACAUACCUGAAGGAUUGGAGUCAUCAUUUACUGAAAGCUUUCCUCUUCACAAAGAAGUCUACAGAAAACAUCUGGAGUUUGGAGAUUUCAAGGCACCCAGAAAUGAAGUCACUGAAGUACUUCCAGAAUUUGAUGAAAAUAUACCUGGCGACAUCAGAUGGAGACCCCUCAAUGGACAGACCUCUGCAGAAAAGGAAAGGCAGCACACUGAAGAACCUGAGAGUGGAGCCAAUUCUGUGUCGAUAUAUCUGCUUGUCUUCUUAUGGAUGCUGGUCUACUGCCUUAUCAUCAUUCCAAAAGUGAACUUUGAAGCGCUGCCAUUUGAUUUCUUAGCACCCAAAAGUGGACACUAUAAAUGACCAGCCAUGUUUGAUAUUUUGUUUUUUUUUUAAGAGUCCCUUUUUUAUUGAAUCGCAGAAGGAGAUUAAGAUUCUUAAGAUUCUUAGCCUAUGCAGCUCACGUAGACCUGGCACAGUCACUGAUACCCCCAACGAAGACAAAACAUUCCACAACUAUGCAAUGAAGUUCUUGAAUGUUUGGAGCACAACAUCUACCCAAUUAUUGUGCAAAAUAGUCUAAACUCUCAAAAAGCCGUGUAAAAUAAGACUUGCCAUUGAGGUCUGUACUAAGGGUCCAUUAAUGGGAUUUGAUUUUUUUUUUAAUAAUAAUUUGCCUGUUACGGUUCAUCAGUGACAUGUGGCCUGAUCUCUCUCGCUCAGUGGCUCUUGUCGCAUAAUUUCCAGAAGAGACUUUGAGCCUUGCUUGAUUAAUAGUGUUGUUGUAAAGAUGUAAAGAGUUAUAUACAAAUGUUAUAGUGUGCUCUAUUACAAGAAUGAAACAAUAUUUGUGUAAAUUUAAUAAUGUGUUUUUCUCUAAAUUUAUAGCUUUAUUUAUGGUAUUUUCACAUUCUAAUGUCAAACUUUAGCAUGUAUCUGAAGUUUUCAAUUUGACAAAAGUUAUGAUGCAAUUUUUUUGGCAUUUGAAAGAUGAUUUGUUUCUAGGUUUGCAGUUUUAUGAUAAAUUCUCAGUAGAAUUUGGGGUUCACUUUGGUGGAUGCCAAAAUUGUUGUGGAAACACGCAUUGGUUUUUGUAAUACAAAGAAAACAAAACCAGUUUUGUGGUGGGUUGCAGUGCAUUUACCAGUAAUCUUGAGAAAAUCAGGACAAAAUUAUCUGAUAUUUGCCAAAUGCAGUAAACGUUCAGAGGUAAUUCUGCCAUUUUAUAGUAUUUUUAAAAACUAAGUAUUGGAGAGCUCAAAAAGCACAAACCUAAGCAACAGGAGAGAACUGCCAAAGAACUACAAAGCAGUUUUAUUGUCGACUGGACGCUUCUUCUUGAAUCUUUUUAACAUUUUUCAUUUUUAGGCUUUUCAGUUUUUAGAGGUUUUUAUUUUAAAUAGUUUGCAAGGUGUAUUUUAUUUCAAAGAACUCACAGCUACAUUUAAGAGACAGCAUCGAUAGAAUUAUCAGGUAACUUGUCAUUCAGCAUUUGCACCUUUUCGAGUCUAACAUUACAUUUUAUAUAUAUAUAUAUAGAGAGAGAGAGAGUAUGUCAGCGUGCUUUAUAUAAAUAGGCAGAUCUUAAGUGCUUAAUGGGUAAGUGAAGUCAAAGUUAUAUAGAAACACUAAUCACUUUUUAUGACAAGUGUCUGAGAAUCACAGAAUUACUUUUGCUUUAUACUUUAUAUUCUCAAUGGCAUGCUGGGCAAUGAGAGUCCUCGCCACCAGCUUUGUUCAUUAUAGUUUUAUUUUGUCUUUUAUAAUGUAUAUAGAGUAGCUGAAAGUUCAUUUUAUUUAUAUUUUGGGGUACUUAACAUAAUGAUUUUGUAUCAGAUUUGUGAAGAAAGUGGUAUAGUUUUUGCCUUAAAUUCAUUUUUGUACCGUAAUGGCUCUUGCAAAAAUACUAAUGGAAUUUUAUUCUGAAGCGUUAAUAUCCUGCCAUUUGGCCAGCUUUUGACAACUUAUUUAUUUAUUUAUUUUUUAUUUGCCACUUCUUACACAAUAUUGCUGUUAACAGUGUAUUGAUAUUGCAGACUGUCCUGUAUUCAUCUGUUCAGCCGAAUUUUACUGGAAACAUAAUUCUAGAAAUUAAACUGGUGGCUUUACACAAAUUCUUUAACUGUAGUAUAUAUAAUAUUAUAUUUUGGUGUAAUUCCUUGAAUAAUGUAUUUUUUGUAAAACUUGUACACGGUAGAAAACUCUAUUUUUUCUGUUUUUGUAAAUGAAUACGUGAUGCACAUAUACACAUACUGUAAAUGAGUGUACUGUAGUUAACGGAAGCCAUGACAAUAUCGUGACAACUCGGACUAGAAUGAAGGCGACGUCAAUCACUUCUUUUAAGAUCUAAAGCGUUGCGCUAUAAAAUCACUUUCUGUUUUGGAUUUUGCAGUGUAAAGAUAAUUUUAUGUCCUUAAGACUGUCUCUGUGUCUAAUAAUACUGCUCAGCUUUAUCGAAAUUUCAGAAUUCUUUGUUUUGCAUUGCUCUGAACGUAACUGCCCAUUAUUUGUAACAGUUUAUGAAGGUGGGAACCAUCUUUAAUGAACAGGAUUCUUAACCGAAGAUGAAACGUAAAGGUAAACUCAUUUCUAUGUGUAAAAAUAACAAGAAGGGUGGAGACACUAGUGAAAACGCAGCUGUACGUAAAUGAACGUUUCUUUACUUUGUUUUCCAACACGAGGUGUUUGCUAUAGUAUGGUAUUCCAGCUUUACUGUCUGAAGGAUAAUUCAAAUUAACAGUUGGAUGGCACAGUUAAGAUUGAUGACUGAAAAUGAAAAGGCAUGUUGACUGUUGCAGCCUUAGUUUAAUUGUGAUUUUACAUUUCUGGUUGCUACUUUCUAAAAAUAAAAAACUGCUUUCUGGACAAUCACUAUCACCUUCUAACCCAUGAUUCCACUCAUUUCCAGAUAUUAAAACCUUUUAUUUGGUAAUGGUAGUGUGAAUUCAUUCUUUAUACUGUACUAUGAGGACAAACAGGACAAGUUCAAGUGUUGGGGUCUCCAGGGAGGUCUCCAUUUAAUUAGCAGCAAUGCUAAGAUUCAGAAACAAAAGAAAGGCAAAAGAAAGCAUGCUCUCGUUUAGCGGUCGUGACUGAAGUCGUGUCUGCCUCUAGCAUUUGCACUCCGGGUAACGAACGUUUCUUUAAUAACGGAUGGGGCGGGGCUUCCAAGGCGUUGUCUUCAGCUGGCCCUUCCUCCACUCUAAGGAUGGUAGAGAAGAAGAGGUUAGUCGCCGUGUCCCCCUCUUACUUGUCUCCCAGUUCACCUCAUGAGCUGAGCCUCCUCCAUGCUCCUGCAGUCCUGUACUGUCCGUAGAUGACAAUACCUUAAGUCAACCGGCACCAUUUUCUGUUUAGUGGUUUCUACUUUCGGGAGUUGGAUUUCUUUUUCUUAAGCCUUUCCAGCCUUCCUGACUCCUGAACACCACUCAGUAUGCCGUGAUCUGAUCUGCAUAACUCUGUAUCUGUGAAACAGGGUCUCUCAUGCCAGUCACAGCAUUUAGUAGGACAUUUAUCUCGACGGACUUGAAAUGCACGCAGUAUGAUGUAAUACUGCCGAAAGAGAGCUCAAGCAUUUCACUGUAGUAGUGUGUCCCUGUGCACUUGUAAUGAAGCACUAGAAAUGGUGAUUUGCAGCUCUACGUCAAGCAUGUCCACCCAGUGCUUUAAUCUGCCAAAUGACUGGGCUGAGCUGAACUCUUCCUGGAAAAAAAGAACGUUAAGACUGACAGGCGGCCUUCAAAUCUGUCUUAGCAACCCAAGGGGCACAGGCAUAAAGUUAAAUUAAGACACAACUACCAAGUUAAAGCACAUGCUGACUUUAUUGGAAGCGCCAUAAUAGCAUAAUAAUUAUCAUUUUUUGUUGAACCUUUGCUGACAACAAGCCCCCACGAUGGUAAGUGACAAGCUGCUUAAUAAUGCACUGGGGGCGCGGAUCACAAAUCUCCAGCAUCGAAUCGGCUCAAGGGAAUAGCCUGGGAGUAAGUUGGAAAACUGAUUGAUGUCAUCUUGAUCGUUUGCUGUGUACACCAGUGAAGUUUAUAGUAAAUGUAGUCAAAGAUAUUUUGGUGAAGAUUAAUUAGACAAUUGACACAGUUUUCCUUUUUUCAACACAUUUCCUUUUUUUCAGCUAUUUGCUACUAAGUUCUUGUUUGACUUUUUUUGAGGUGUUUAGUAUUUUUUAUAUAGUUUUUGCUUUAUACUUGCAAACUUUAAAGUAUCUUCUGGUUUAUUUUUUCAAAAUGUAACCAACAUGAGGUGGAUCUUCUGUUAUUAGAAUUACCAUAUGAUGAUGCAUUGUAAAUCUGUUGUAUUAGUAAUACUUUUAAUUACACUGAGACACCAAGCACUUCUCCUAAGUGGCAACUUUUAGUGUUUUUUAAUGUUUUAAACAUGUGAUAUGAUUGAUUGCUUCAGACUAGUGAAGGGCUUUCUGCGUGUAACAUGUACAGUGAUUGUAUUUUGUGGGAAGGCAGCGCAUUCAUUGUUGUAUACGAAAUAUCAAUCUUUACAGAUUACAUUUAAGUUUUAAACAGUUCAUUAAAUACUAACUUGUGCUAAAAA